AUGAGCGAUCGCAGCCACUAUUUUCUAAACCUGUCGGUUUUCUUAGUUUCCAUUGUUCUUUUUACAAGAGGUUAAAACCUCUUCUUUUUUUAAAUUUAACAGCACUUUAUUACACAUUAACAUACAAAACAAAGGGAAAAAAAAAUCACGAAAAAAGCAAAGGAAACUGCAAAAAAACAGCAUUAGAAGAUUAUUAUUGCAAAAAUUAUCAUUACGCUUAUAUAUAAAAGGAACAAAACAAAGAUAGACAAAGAAAAAAGCAAAAGGGCUUAACAGAGACAGAAUUUAAUAUGUCUACAUUAUUAUUUUUACUGAUCAGGUCUUUAUAGAUCCUACGUUCUUUGGCAUAUUCGUUCGCGGUCCUUUGCAGUCGAUUGUGGUUAAUGUUUGUUCUUAACAAAGGCAGCAUUCGUUGUAAGAAGAAACCAUGCAAAUCUAUAAAACGGAGAUAAGGGGCAUAUGGGAGGGCGGUGCAAAAAGAAAGUUAACGUGUUUAGAAGGCGUUUAAAAAAGCCCAUUUUUUAGGUAGGGACUGAUGAGCAGUUUGUGCACGUGUAUUAAAACCUCUUGUAAGCGACCACUUGACGCAUGAUGUGGUCUCCGUUCGACAACAGUGACAACAGUGACAGCAGGGACAACAGUAACAACAGUGACAGCAGUGACAACAGUGACAACAGUGACAGCAGUGACAACUGUGACAGCAGUGACAGCAGUGACAACAGUCACAGCAGUGACAACAGUGACAGCAGUGACAGCAGUGACAGCAGUGCCAACAGUGACAACAGUGACAGCAUUGACAACAGUGACAGCAGUGACAACAGCGACAGCAGUCACAACAGUGACAACAGUGACAGCAGUGACAACAGUGACAACACUGACAGCAGUGACAACAGUGACAGCAGUGACAAGAGUGACAGCAGUGACAACAGUGACAGCAGCGACAACAGUGACAUCACUGACAGCAGUGACAACAGUGACAGCAGUGACAACAGUGACAGCAGUGACAACAGUGACAGCAGUAACAGCAGUGACAACAGUGACAGCAGUGACAACAGUGACAACAGUAACAGCAGUGACAGCAGUGACAACAGUGACCACAGUGACAGCAGUGACAGCAGUGACAGCAGUGACAACAGUGACAGCAGUGACAACAGUGACACAAGUGACAGCAGUGACAACAGUGACAGCAAUGCCACAGCGACAGCAGUGACAACAGUGACAACAGUGACAGCAGUGACAACAGUGACAGCAGUGACAACGGUGACAGCAGUGACAACAGUGAUAGCAGUGACAACACUGACAGCAGUGACAAAAGUGACAGCAAAGACAACAGUGACAACAGUGACAGCAAAGACAACAGUGACAACAGUGAAAGCAGUGACUACACUAAAAGCAGCGGCAGCAGUGACAACAGUGACAGCAGUGAGAGCAGUGACAACAGUAAAAGCAGUGACAAAAGUGACAGCAGUAACAGCAGUGACAACAGUGACAGCAGUGACAACAGUGACAGCAGCGACAGCAGUGACAACAGUGACAGCAGUGACAACAGUGACAGCAGUGACAACACUGACAACGGUGACAGCAGUGACAACAAUGACAGCAGUGACAGCAGUGACAACAGUGACAGCAGUGACAACUGUGACAGCAGUGACAACAGUGACAGCAGUGACAGCAGUGACAAAAGUGACAGCAAAGACAACAGUGACAACAGUGACAGCAAUGACAACACUAAAAGCAGCGGAAGCAAUGACAACAGUGACAGCAGUGACAACAGUGACAGCAGUAACAGCAGUGACAGCAGUGACAGCAAUGACAACAGUGACAGCAGUGACAACAGUGACAGCAGUGACAGCAGUGACAACAGUGACAGCAGUGACAGCAGUGACAACAGUGACAGCAGUGACAACAGUGACAACAGUGACAGCAGUGACAGCAGUGACAACAGUGACAGCAGUGACAGCAGUGACAAGUGACAGCAGUGACAAAAGUGACAGCAAAGACAACAGUGACAACAGUGACAGCAGUGACAACACUAAAAGCAGCGGCAGCAAUGACAACAGUGACAGCAGUGACAACAGUGACAGCAGUAACAGCAGUGACAACCGUGACAGCAGUGACAACAGUGAUAGCAGUGACAGCAGAGACAAAAGUGACAGCAAAGACAACAGUGACAACAGUGACAGCAGUGACAACAGUGACAACAGUGACAGCAGUGACAACAGUGACAGCAGUGACAGCAGUGACAACAGUGACAGCAGUGACAACAGUGACAACAGUGACAGCAGUGACAACAGUGAUAGCAGUGACAGCAGAGACAGCAGUGACAGCAGAGACAGCAGUGACAACAGUGACAGCAGUGACGACAGUAACAGCAGUGACAACAGUGACAGCAGUGACAGCACUGACAACAGUGACAACAGUGAAAGCAGUGACGACAGUGACGGCAGUGACAACAGUGACAGCAGUGACAACAGUGACAGCAGUGACAACAGUGACAGCAGUGACAGCAGUGACAACAGUGACAACAGUGACAGCAGUGACAGCAGUGACAACAGUGACAGCAGUGACAGCAGUGACAACAGUGACAGCAGUGACAGCAGUGACAACAGUGACAAGAGCGACAGCAGUGACAACAGUGACAACAGUGACAGUGACAGCAGUGACAACAGUGACAGCAGUGAAAGCAAAGACAACAGUGACAGCAGGGAAAGCAAAGACAACAGUGACAGCAGUGACAACAGUGACAGCAGUGACAACAGUGACAACAGUGAUAGCAGUGACAACUGUGAAAGCAGUGACAACAGUCACAGCAGUGAAAGCAGUGACAGCAGUGACAACAGUGACAACAGUAAGAGCAGUGCCAACAGUGACAGCAGUGACAACAGUGACAGCAGUGAAAGCAGUGACAGCCUUGACAACGGUGACAACAGUGACAGCUGUGACAGCAAUGACAACAACGCCAACAGUGACAGCAGUGAAAACAUUGACAGCAGUGACAGCAGUCACAACAGUGACAGCAGUGACAACAGUGAAAACAACAGUGACAACAGUGACAGCAGUGACAACAGUGACAACAGUGACAGCAGUGACAACAGUGACAGCGGUGAGAACAGUGAGAGCACUGCCAAGAGUGACAACAGUGACAGCAGUGACAACAGUGACAGCAGUGACAACAGUGACAGCAGUGACAACAGUGACAACAGUGACAGCAGUGACAACAGUGACAGCAGUGACAGCAGUGACAACAGUGACAGCAGUGACAACAGUGACAACAGUGACAGCAGUGACAGCAGUGACAACAGUGACAGCAGUGACAACAGUGACAACAGUGACAACAGUGACAGCAGUGACAACAGUGACAACAGUGACAGCAGUGACAACAGUGACAGCAGUGACAGCAGUGACAGCAGUGACAACAGUGACAACAGUGACAGCAGUGACAACAGUGACAGCAGUGACAACAGUGACAGCAGUGACAACAGUGACAGCAGUGACAACAGUGACAGCAGUGACAACAGUGACAACAGUGACAACAGUGACAACAGUGACAACAGUGACAACAGUGACAGCAGUGACAACAGGGAAAGCAGUGACAACAGUGACAGCAGUGACAGUGAAAGAGUGACAACAGUGACAACAGUGACAGCAGUGACAACAGUGACAACAGUGACAGCAGUGACAACAGUGACAACAGUGAGAGCAGUGACAACAGUGACAACAGUGACAGCAGUGACGACAGUGACAGCAGUGACAGCAGUGACAACAGUGACAGCAGUGACAACAGUGACAGCAGUGACAACAGUGACAACAGUGACAACAGUGACAACAGUGACAGCAGUGACAACAGUGACAACAGUGACAACAGUGACAACAGUGACAACAGUGACAACAGUGACAACAGUGACAACAGUGACAACAGUGACAACAGUGACAACAGUGACAACAGUGACAACAGUGACAACAGUGACAGCAGUGACAACAGUGACAGUGACAACAGUGACAACAGUGACAACAACGACAACAGUAACAACAGUGACAACAGUGACAGCAGUGACAACAGUGACAGCAGUGACAACAGUGACAGCAGUGACAACAGUGACAACAGUGACAACAGUGACAGCAGUGACAGCAAAGACAACAGUGACAACAGUGACAGCAGUGACAACGGUGACAACAGUGACAGCAGUGACAACAGGGAAAACAGUGACAACACUGAAAGCAGUGACAGCAGGGAAAGCAGUGACAACAGUGACAGCAGUGACAGCAGUGACAACAGUGACAACAGUGACAGCAGUGACAACAGUGACAACAGUGACAGCAGUGACAACUGUGACAGCAGUGACAACAGUGACAGCAGUGACAACAGUGACAGCAGUGACAACAGUGACAGCAGUGACAACAGUGACAGCAGUGACAGCAGUGACAACAGUGACAGCAGUGACAACAGUGACAGCAGUGACAACAGUGACAGCAGUGACAACAGUGACAACAGUGACAGCAGUGACAACAGUGACAGCAGUGACAACAGUGACAACAGUAACAAGCAGUGACAAAAGUGACAACAGUGACAGCAGUGACAGCAGUGACAGCAGUGACAGCAGUGACAACAGUGACAGACAACAGUGACAGCAGUGACAACAGUGACAGCAGUGACAACAGUGACAACAGUGACAACAGUGACAACAGUGACAACAGUGACAGCAGUGACAGCAGUGACAACAGUGACAGCAGUGACAGCAGUGACAACAGUGACAACAGUGACAGCAGUGACAACAGUGACAACAGUGACAACAGUGACAGCAGUGACAGCAGUGACAACAGUGACAGCAGUGACAACAGUGACAACAGUGACAGCAGUGACAGCAGUGACAGCAGUGACAACAGUGACAGCAGUGACAACAGUGACAACAGUGACAGCAGUGACAACAGUGACAGCAGUGACAACAGUGACAGCAGUGACAGCAGUGACAACAGUGACAACAGUGACAGCAGUGACAGCAGUGACAACAGUGACAGCAGUGACAACAGUGACAGCAGUGACAGCAGUGACAACAGUGACAGCAGUGACAGCAGUGACAGCAGUGACAACAGUGACAGCAGUGACAGCAGUGACAACAGUGACAGCAGUGACAACAGUGACAACAGUGACAGCAGUGACAACAGUGACAACAGUGACAGCAGUGACAGCAGUGACAACAGUGACAGCAGUGACAACAGUGACAGCAGUGACAGCAGUGACAGCAGUGACAGACAACAGUGACAGCAGUGACAACAGUGACAGCAGUGACAGCAGUGACAACAGUGACAAGCAGUGACAACAGUGACAGCAGUGACAGCAGUGACAACAGUGACAACAGUGACAGCAGUGACAACAGUGACAGCAGUGACAGCAGUGACAACAGUGACAGCAGUGACAACAGUGACAACAGUGACAGCAGUGACAACAGUGACAGCAGUGACAACAGUGACAACAGUGACAGCAGUGACAACAGUGACAGCAGUGACAACAGUGACAACAGUGACAACAGUGACAGCAGUGACAACAGUGACAGCAGUGACAACAGUGACAGCAGUGACAACAGUGACAGCAGUGACAGCAGUGACAACAGUGACAGCAGUGACAGCAGUGACAGCAGUGACAACAGUGACAGCAGUGACAGCAGUGACAACAGUGACAGCAGUGACAACAGUGACAGCAGUGACAACAGUGACAGCAGUGACAACAGUGACAGCAGUGACAGCAGAGACAACAGUGACAGCAGUGACAACAGUGAAAACAGUGACAACAGUGACAACAGUGACAACAGUGACAACAGGGACAGCAGUGACAACAGUGACAGCAGUGACAACAGUGACAGCAGUGACAGCAGUGACAACAGUGACAACAGUGACAACAGUGACAGCAGUGACAGCAGUGACAACAGUGACAGCAGUGACAGCAGUGACAACAGUGACAACAGUGACAGCAGUGACAACAGUGACAGCAGUGACAACAGUGACAACAGUGACAGCAGUGACAACAGUGACAGCAGUGACAGCAGUGACAACAGUGACAGCAGUGACAGCAGUGACAACAGUGACAGCAGUGACAGCAGUGACAACAGUGACAGCAGUGACAGCAGUGACAACAGUGACAGCAGUGACAGCAGUGACAACAGUGACAGCAGUGACAACAGUGACAACAGUGACAGCAGUGACAGCAGUGACAACAGUGACAGCAGUGGCAGCAAAGAAAACAGUGACAAGAGUGACAGCAGUAAAGGCAGUGACAAAAGUGACAACACUGAAAGAAGUGACAGCAGUGACAGCAGUGACAACAGUAACAGCAGUGACAGCAGUGACAACACUGACAACAGUGACAACAGUGACAGCAGUGACAGCAGAGACAACAGUGACAACAGUGACAGUAGUGACAACAGUGACAACAGUGACAGCAGUGACAACAGUGACAACAGUGACAGCAGUGACAACAGUGACAGCAGUGACAGCAGUGACAACAGUGACAGCAGUGACAACAGUGACAGCAGUGACAACAGUGACAGCAGUGACAGCAGUGACAACAGUGACAACAGUGACAGCAGUGACAACAGUGACAGCAGUGACAACAGUGACAGCAGUGACAACAGUGACAGCAGUGACAACAGUGACAGCAGUGACAGCAGUGACAACAGUGACAACAGUGACAACAGUGACAGCAGUGACAACAGUGACAGCAGUGACAGCAGUGACAACAGUGACAACAGUGACAGCAGUGACAACAGUGACAACAGUGACAACAGUGACAGCAGUGACAACAGUGAAAGCAGUGACAGUGACAGCAGUGACAACAGUGAGAGCAGUGACAGCAGUGACAACAGAGAAAACAGUGACAGCAGUGACAACAGUGACAGUAGUGACAGCAGUGACAACAGUGACAACAGUGACAGCAGUGAAAGCAAAGACAACAGUGACAACAGUGACAGCAGUGACAGCAGUGACAACAGUGACAGCAGUGACAGCAGUGACAACAGUGACAGCAGUGACAGCAGUGACAGCAGUGACAACAGUGACAGCAGUGACAGCAGUGACAACAGUGACAGCAGUGACAACAGUGACAGCAGUAACAGCAGUGACAACAGUGACAACAGUGACAGCAAAGACAACAGUGACAACAGUGACAGCAGCGACAGCAGUGACAACAGUGACAGCAGUGACAGCAGUGACAACAGUGACAACGGUGACAGCAGUGACAACAGUGACAACAGUGACAGCAGUGACAACAGUGACAACAGUGACAACAGUGACAGCAGUGACAGCAGUGACAGCAGUGACAACAGUGACAACAGUGACAACCGUGACGGCAGUGACAACAGUGACAACAGUGAAAGCAAAGACAACAGUGACAACCGUGACAGCAGUGAGAACAGUGACAGCAGUGACAACAGUGACAGCAGUGACAACAGUGACAGCAGUGACAACAGCGAAAGCAGUGACAACAGUGACAGCAGUGACAGAAGUGACAGCAGUAACAACAGUGACAGCAGUGACAGCAGUGACAAGAGUGACAACAGUGACAGCAGUGACAACAGUGAAAACGGUGACAGCAGUGACAACACUAACAAAGGUGACAACAGUGACAGCAGUGACAACAGUGACAGCAGUGGCAGCAAAGAAAACAGUGACAGCAUUAACAGCAGUGACAACAGUGACAACACUGAAAGCAGUGACAACAGUGACAGCAGUGACAGCAAUGACAACAGUGACAGCAGUGACAACAGUGACAACAGUGACAGCAGUGACAGCAGUGACAGUGACAACAGUGACAGCAGUGACAACAGUGACAACAGUGACAGCAGUGACAACAGUGACAGCAGUGACAACAGUGACAACAGUGACAGCAGUGACAACAGUGACAACAGUGACAGCAGUGACAACAGUGACAGCAGUGACAACAGUGACAGCAGUGACAGCAGUGACAACAGUGACAGCAGUGACAACAGUGACAGCAGUGACAACAGUGACAGCAGUGACAACAGUGACAACAGUGACAGCAGUGACAACAGUGACAGCAGUGACAGCAGUGACAACAGUGACAGCAGUGACAACAGUGACAGCAGUGACAGCAGUGACAACAGUGACAGCAGUGACAACAGUGACAACAGUGACAGCAGUGACAACAGUGACAACAGUGACAACAGUGACAACAGUGACAGCAGUGACAACAGUGACAGCAGUGACAGCAGUGACAGCAGUGACAGCAGUGACAACAGUGACAGCAGUGACAACAGUGACAGCAGUGACAACAGUGACAGCAGUGACAACAGUGACAACAGUGACAGCAGUGACAACAGUGACAGCAGUGACAACAGUGACAGCAGUGACAACAGUGACAGCAGUGACAACAGUGACAGCAGUGACAACAGUGACAACAGUGACAGCAGUGACAACAGUGACAACAGUGACAACAGUGACAGCAGUGACAGCAGUGACAACAGUGACAGCAGUGACAGCAGUGACAACAGUGACAACAGUGACAGCAGUGACAGCAGUGACAACAGUGACAACAGUGACAACAGUGACAACAGUGACAGCAGUGACAACAGUGACAACAGUGACAGCAGUGACAACAGUGACAGCAGUGACAGCAGUGACAGCAGUGACAACAGUGACAACAGUGACAGCAGUGACAGCAGUGACAACAGUGACAGCAGUGACAACAGUGACAACAGUGACAGCAGUGACAACAGUGACAGCAGUGACAGCAUGACAACAGUGAGAGCAGUGACAACAGUGACGGCAGUGACAACAGUGACAGCAGUGAAAGCAAAGACAACAGUGACAACAGUGACAGCAGUGACAGCAGUGACAACAGUGAACAGUGAGAGCAGUGACAACAGUGACAACAGUGACAGCAGUGACAACAGUGACAGCAGUGACAACAGGGACAACAGUGACAGCAGUGAGAACAGUGACAACAGUGACAAAUGGGACAACAGUGACCACAGGGACAAUAGUGAAAACAUUGACAGCAGUGACAGAAGUGACAGCAGUGACAACAGUGACAGCAGUGACAAUACUGACAACAGGUACAACAUGACAACAGUGACAACACUGACAACAGUGACAACAGUGACAGCAGUGACAACAGUGACAACAACGACAACAGUAACAACAGUGACAACAGUGACAGCAGCGACAACAGUGACAGCAGUGGCAGCAAAGAAAACAGUGACAGCAUUAACAGCAGUGACAACAGUGACAACACUGAAAGCAGUGACAACAGUGACAGCAGUGACAGCAAUGACAACAGUGACAGCAGCGACAACAGUGACAACAGUGACAGCAGUGACAGCAGUGACAACACUGACAACAGUGACAACGGUGACAGCAGAGACAACAGUGACAGCAGUGACAACAGUGACAACAGUGACAGCAGUGACAACAGUGACAGCAGUGACAGCAGUGACAACAGUGACAGCAGUGACAGCAGUGACAACAGUGACAACAGUGACAGCAGUGACAGCAGUGACAACAGUGACAACAGUGACAACAGUGACAACAGUGACAGCAGUGACAACAGUGACAGCAGUGACAGCAGUGACAACAGUGACAACAGUGACAACAGUGACAACAGUGACAGCAGUGACAACAGUGACAGCAGUGACAGCAGUGACAACAGUGACAACAGUGACAGCAGUGACAACAGUGACAACAGUGACAGCAGUGACAACAGUGACAACAGUGACAACAGUGACAACAGUGACAGCAGUGACAGCAGUGACAGCAGUGACAACAGUGACAACAGUGACAGCAGUGACAACAGUGACAGCAGUGACAACAGUGACAGCAGUGACAACAGUGACAACAGUGACAGCAGUGACAACAGUGACAACAGUGACAGCAGUGACAGCAGUGACAACAGUGACAGCAGUGACAGCAGUGACAGCAGUGACAACAGUGACAGCAGUGACAGCAGUGACAACAGUGACAGCAGUGACAACAGUGACAGCAGUGACAGCAGUGACAACAGUGACAGCAGUGACAGCAGUGACAACAGUGACAACAGUGACAACAGUGACAGCAGUGACAACAGUGACAACAGUGACAGCAGUGACAGCAGUGACAACAGUGACAACAGUGACAGCAGUGACAGCAGUGACAACAGUGACAGCAGUGACAACAGUGACAACAGUGACAGCAGUGACAACAGUGACAACAGUGACAACAGUGACAGCAGUGACAACAGUGACAACAGUGACAGCAGUGACAACAGUGACAGCAGUGACAACAGUGACAACAGUGACAGCAGUGACAACAGUGACAGCAGUGACAACAGUGACAGCAGUGACAACAGUGACAACAGUGACAGCAGUGACAACAGUGACAACAGUGACAGCAGUGACAACAGUGACAGCAGUGACAGCAGUGACAACAGUGAGUGACAACAGUGACAACAGUGACAGCAGUGACAACAGUGACAGCAGUGACAGCAGUGACAACAGUGACAGCAGUGACAGCAGUGAGUGACAACAGUGACAACAGUGACAGCAGUGACAACAGUGACAACAGUGACAACAGUGACAGCAGUGACAGCAGUGACAACAGUGACAACAGUGACAGCAGUGACAACAGUGACAACAGUGACAGCAGUGACAACAGUGACAACAGUGACAACAGUGACAGCAGUGACAACAGUGACAGUGACAGCAGUGACAACAGUGACAGCAGUGACAAAGUGACAACAGUGACAGUGACAGCAGUGACAACAGUGACAGCAGUGACAGCAGUGACAGCAGUGACAACAGUGACAACAACAAAGUGACAACAGUGACAGCAGUGACAACAGUGACAAGCAGUGACAGCAGUGACAACAGUGAAAGCAGUGACAACAGUGACAACAGUGACAGCAGUGACAACAGUGACAACAGUGACAGCAGUGACAGCAGUGACAACAGUGACAACAGUGACAGCAGUGACAACAGUGACAGCAGUGACAGCAGUGACAACAGUGACAACAGUGACAACAGUGACAGCAGUGACAGCAGUGACAACAGUGACAGCAGUGACAACAGUGACAGCAGUGACAGCAGUGACAACAGUGACAGCAGUGACAGCAGUGACAACAGUGACAGCAGUGACAACAGUGACAGCAGUGACAACAGUGACAACAGUGACAGCAGUGACAACAGUGACAGCAGUGACAACAGUGACAGCAGUGACAGCAGUGACAACAGUGACAGCAGUGACAACAGUGACAACAGUGACAGCAGUGACAGCAGUGACAACAGUGACAACAGUGACAGCAGUGACAGCAGUGACAACAGUGACAACAGUGACAGCAGUGACAGUGACAGUGACAGUGACAGCAGUGACAGCAGUGACAACAGUGACAGCAGUGACAACAGUGACAACAGUGACAGCAGUGACAACAGUGACAGCAGUGACAACAGUGACAGCAGUGACAGCAGUGACAACAGUGACAGCAGUGACAACAGUGACAACAGUGACAGCAGAGACAACAGUGACAGCAGUGACAGCAGUGACAACACUAAAAGCAGCGGCAGCAAUGACAACAGUGACAGCAGUGACAACAGUGACAGCAGUAACAGCAGUGACAACCGUGACAGCAGUGACAACAGUGACAGCAGUGACAGCAGUGACAACAGUGAUAGCAGUGACAGCAGUGACAAAAGUGACAGCAAAGACAACAGUGACAACAGUGACAGCAGUGACAACACUGACAGCAGUGACAACAGUGACAGCAGUGACAACAGUGACAGCAGUGACAACAGUGACAGCAGUGACAGCAGACAGUGACACAGUGACAGCAGUGACAGCAGUGACAACAGUGACAGCAGUGACAACAGUGACAACAGUGACAGCAGUGACAACAGUGACAGCAGUGACAACAGUGACAGCAGUGACAGUGACAGUGACAACAGUGACAACAGUGACAGCAGUGACAACAGUGACAGUGACAACAGUGACAGCAGUGACACAGUGAACAGUGACAACAGUGACAACAGUGACAACAGUGACAGCAGACAGUGACAAGCAGUGACAGCAGUGACAACAGUGACAACAGUGACAGCAGUGACAACAGUGACAGCAGUGACAACAGUGACAGCAGUGACAGCAGUGACAACAGUGACAGCAGUGACAGCAGUGACAAAAGUGACAAAAGUGAACAGUGACAACAGUGACAGCAGUGACAACAAUGACAGCAGUGACAGCAGUGACAACAGUGACAGCAGUAACAGCAGUGACAACCGUGACAGCAGUGACAGCAAAGACAACAGUGACAACAGUGACAGCAGCGACAGCAGUGACAACAGUAACAGCAGUGACAGCAGUGACAACACUGACAACGGUGACAGCAGUGACAACAAUGACAGCAGUGACAACAGUGACAACAGUGACAGCAGUGACAACAGUGACAACAGUGACAACAGUGACAGCAGUGACAACAGUGACAGCAGUGACAGCAGUGACAACAGUGACAGCAGUGACAACAGUGACAGCAGUGACAACAGUGACAGCAGUGACAACAGUGACAGCAGUGACAGCAGUGACAACAGUGACAACAGUGAAAGCAAAGACAACAGUGACAGCAGUGACAGCAGUGACAACAGUGACAGCAGUGACAACAGUGACAGCAGUGACAACAGUGACAGCAGUGACAACAGUGACAGCAAUGACAGCAAAGACAACAGUGACAACAGUGACAGUAGUGACACGGUGACAACAGUGACAACAGUGAAAACAGUGACAACAGUGACAACACUGAAAGCAGUGACAGCAGGGAAAGCAGUGACAACAGUGACAGCAGUGACAGCAGUGACAACCGUGACGGCAGUGACAACAGUGAAAGCAGUGACAGCAAAGACAACAGUGACAACAGUGACAGCAGUGAGAACAGUGACAGCAGUGACAACAGUGACAACAGUGACAACAGUGACAGCAGUGACAACAGUGACAGCAGUGACAACAGUGACAAGAGCGACAGCAGUGAAAACAGUGACAACAGUGACAAGAGCGACAGCAGUGACAACAGUGACAACAGUGACAGCAGUGACAACAGUGACAGCAGUGACAGCAGUGACAACAGUGACAGCAGUGACAACAGUGACAGCAGUGACAGCAGUGACAAAAGUGACAACAGUGAUAGCAGUGACAGCAGUGACAAAAGUGACAGCAAAGACAACAGUGACAACAGUGACAACACUAAAAGCAGCGGCAGCAAUGACAACAGUGACAGCAGUGACAACAAUGACAGCAGUGACAGCAGUGACAACAGUGACAACAGUGACAGCAGUGACAGCAGUGACAACAGUGACAGCAGUGACAGCAGUGACAAAAGUGACAGCAGUGACAAAGGUGACAACAGUGACAACAGUGACAGCAGUGACAACAGUGACAAGAGCGACAGCAGUGACAACAGUGACAACAGUGACAACAGUGACAGCAGUGACAACAGUGACAACAGUGACAACAGUGACAGCAGUGACAGCAGUGACAACAGUGACAACAGUGACAGCAGUGACAACAGUGACAACAGUGACAACAGUGACAGCAGUGACAGCAGUGAAAACAGUGACAACAGUGACAGCAGUGACAACAGUGACAACAGUGACAACAGUGACAGCAGUGACAACAGUGACAACAGUGAUAGCAAAGACAACAGAGACAAAAGUGACAGCAAAGACAACAGUGACAACAGUGACAGCAGUGACAACAGUGACAGCAGUGACAACAGUGACAACAAUGACAACAGUGACAAAUGUGACAACAGUGACAACAGUGACAGCAGUGACAACAGUGACAACAGUGACAGCAGUGACAACAGUGACAACAGUGACAAUAAAGACAACAGUGACAACAGUGACAACAGUGACAAGCAGUGACAACAGUGACAAACAGUGACAACAGUGACAACAGUGACAACACUGACAAGCAGUGACAGCAGUGACAACAGUGACAGUGACAACAGUGACAACAGUGACAACCAGACAACAGUGACAACAGUGACAACAGUGACAAAUAGUGACAGCAGUGACAGCAGUGACAACAGUGACAGCAGUGACAACAGUGACAACAGUGACAACAGUGACAGCAGUGACAACAACAGUGUGACAACAGUGACAGCAGUGACAACAGUGACAGCAGUGACAACAGUGACAGCAAUGACAACAGUGACAACAGUGACAACAGUGACAACAGUGACAACAGUGACAGCAGUGACAACAGUGACAGCAAACAACAGUGACAGCAGUGACAACCGUGACAGCAGUGACAACAGUGACAGCAGUGACAGCAGUGACAACAGUGAUAGCAGUGACAGCAGUGACAAAAGUGACAGCAAAGACAACAGUGACAGCAGUGACAACAGUGACAGCAGUAACAGCAGUGACAACCGUGACAGCAGUGACAACAGUGACAGCAGUGACAACAGUGAUAGCAGUGACAGCAGUGACAAAAGUGACAGCAAAGACAACAGUGACAACAGUGACAGCAGUGACAACACUGACAGCAGUGACAGCAGUGA